UGCAUCUCAGGCUCUGGCCGCCCUGCCUAUCUACAUGACAGCGAGCGCACCAAACCAAUGUGAAUCGCUGGCAUUUAACUAAAGCCGCCGCCCCCUUCUCCUCACUCUCCACUGGUUUCCCUUUUUUUGGGGGGAUUGACUGCGACAGCUGCCAAUGUGUACUUCAUCUGCGUAAAGUUGGGACAAAAACCGAAGGCAUGCCGCUGGCUCGCAGCCUGUCCGCCACGUCCUUGUCAGGACUGGAAGAGUGGGACGAGGAGUUUGAUUUGGAGGAUGCUGUUCUUUUUGAAAUAGCAUGGGAGGUCGCUAACAAAGUUGGAGGCAUCUACACCGUCAUCCAGACCAAAGCCCGACUGACCUCAGAGGAAUGGGGGGAGAACUAUUUCCUCGUGGGUCCCUACGUAGAGAGCAACGUGCGCACUCAGGUGGAGCUGAUCGAGCCCACCAACCCCACGCUGAAGAGAACCAUUGACAAAAUGAACUCCAGUGGUUGUAAGGUCUACUUUGGGCGGUGGCUUAUCGAGGGCAGUCCAUACGUUAUUCUGAUUGACGUUGCGUUCACUGCCUGGUCUCUGGACUCCUGGAAGAGCGAGUUGUGGGAGCUUUGUGACAUCGGCGUGCCGUGGUUCGACCGUGAGGCCAACGAUGCUGUGCUGUUUGGCUUCCUGACGGCCUGGCUCCUGGGAGAGUACGCAGCCCAGUGUGAGGAGCCUCCGCACAUCGUAGCCCAUUUCCACGAGUGGUUGGCCGGCCUGGGUCUGGUAUUGUGUAGACACAGACAGCUGCCGGUCGCAACCAUCUUCACAACUCACGCCACUCUGCUGGGACGAUACCUGUGUGCUGGAAAUGUGGACUUCUAUAACAAGCUUGCAGAUUUCAAUGUGGAUAAGGAAGCAGGCGACAGACAGAUCUACCACCGCUACUGUUUGGAGCGGGCGGCCGCUCACUGUGCCCAUGUCUUCACCACUGUGUCACAGAUCACAGCCAUUGAGGCAGAGCACCUGCUUAAGAGGAAACCAGACAUUGUCACUCCUAACGGGCUCAACGUGAAGAAGUUCUCAGCCGUGCACGAGUUUCAAAACCUCCAUGCUCAGAGCAAGAAUCGGAUUCAGGAGUUCGUCAGGGGACACUUCUACGGGCACCUUGACUUCAACCUGGACAAGUGUUUGUUUCUCUUCAUCGCUGGAAGGUACGAGUUCUCCAACAAAGGAGCUGACAUCUUUUUGGAAGCUUUAGCCAGACUCAACUAUCUACUGAGAGUCAAUCACAGUGACGUGACCGUCAUCGCUUUCUUCAUCAUGCCAGCUCGUACAAACAACUUCAACGUGGAGACCUUGAAGGGCCAAGCAGUCAGAAAACAGCUGUGGGAUACUGCUCAGACUGUGAAGGAACGUUUCGGAAAGAAACUUUAUGAGUCACUUCUAGUUGGGCAGUUGCCAGAUGUGUCGAAGAUGCUGGACAAAGAGGAUUUCACCAUAAUGAAGCGGGCCAUCUUUGCGACUCAGAGACAGUGCCAGCCUCCAAUCUGCACCCAUAACAUGCUGGAGGACAGCAGCGACCCCAUCCUUAACUGUGUCCGCCGUAUCGGCCUUUUCAACAGCUCUGCUGACCGUGUCAAGAUUAUCUUCCAUCCAGAGUUCCUUUCAUCCACCUCUCCUCUACUUCCGAUGGAUUAUGAAGAGUUUGUAAGAGGAUGCCACCUUGGCGUCUUUCCCUCUUACUAUGAGCCUUGGGGCUACACACCAGCUGAGUGCACGGUCAUGGGAAUUCCAUCAAUCUCAACCAACCUGUCAGGCUUUGGCUGUUUCAUGGAGGAACACAUAGCAGACCCUUCAGCAUAUGGUAUUUACAUCCUGGACCGACGAUUUCGGGGUGUGGACGAGUCGUGUAACCAGCUCACUUCCUUCCUGUUUCAGUUCUGCAAGCAGAGCCGGCGCCAGCGGAUCAUCCAGAGGAACCGGACUGAGCGUCUGAGCGAACUCCUGGACUGGAGAUACCUCGGCAAGUACUAUACCUCUGCCCGUCAUAUGGCCCUGGCUAAAGCCUUCCCUGACACCUACAUGUAUGAACUUCAUGAGCCCACCUCAAACUCAGGUUUCCGUUACCCGCGACCAGCCUCUGUGCCACCAUCUCCAGCUCUGUCCCGCCACUCCUCCCCCCACCACAGCGAGGGAGAGGACAACGAUGAUGACGAACGCUACGAUGAGGAUCUGGAGGCAGAAAAGGACCGGGUGAACAUCCGCCAGCCCUACGCCCUGCCGUUCAAAAACAAGUCUUCUGCUGCACAUGGGGUCAAUGGAAAUAGCAAUGUUGUCACGAGCGAGAAAAACUGAGUCACGCAGACACACAUACAGUACAUAUUAAACCUCACUAGUAAAACCUUAUCUGUGGCAAUUGUUGAAGUCAUCCAUCCACUCACAAAUUUUAUAAAGGAGUGCAGUUGUAUGAAUGUGAGUGAUAAAUUUAUUAUCGGCUUGUUGUGAAAAAAUGCAUCACUGUCAGUGUCUUCCCAACUUAUGCGUACCUCAGAAAUUUAAAAAAAAAUAUUGGUCAGUUUGAUAUGUUUUGUUAUUGUUUCAGUUACACCAGCAGUGCAAGCAGAGGUUUACUUUGUGGAGUAAAUGCAGCAGCUAGAAAGGGCUAAAUGACAGCUCAACACUGAAAACAAAUCAGGAUUGCUGGAUUUUGUAGUGUACUAACACUGGAUAACAUAGAUCUAAAGCAAUGAAAAAGUAACAGAAGAUUAUUAUGAGUAUCUGGAGGGGAUUUUAUACUUGAUUUAAAGGUGGCUCAGAGCAGGGAAAGUGACAACGCCCUCCUUUUAACCAGCUUGUCACCAUUUUACACUUCCUGGUUUAGAAAUGCACAUGUGAGUGUCAGUUUGCUGUGAUGACACACAAAGAGCACUUUUUCUUUUUUGGCUUAACAGUGUGCUGACUAUCCACUGCUUCAGAUAUAACUGUCCACCUGGUAGCAUUUUCUUCUUCCUUACAAAUGCCUUGUUUACUACAAAACAUCCCAGGAUAGAAAUUAAAUGUAGAACAUACACACACACAUAAACAUUUUCUUUCAGCGUCUUCCGUUAUCCAUUAAUAACCUCACACUCCUUUUUAUCUGUCUCUGUGUGUGCUUGUGUGGGCAUGGUUAUUUCUGAGUUUCCCUGUUUUGGCAAGUAUUUAUUUGUGAAAGGACUAGAGGUCAGACAGAUGGAGGAAAAAUUGGGGACUGUGUCCCAAGAUGGCGACAUCAGUGCUGGAAAAGGAAAAGGAAUUGGAGUACAUCAGGACUAUUUGUCUAUUAUGGAAAGAAAAGGGAAAAAAACGUUUUUACCAGGCGUGUACUUCCUGUAAGUUUUAUCAUUUGUUACAAUCUUGCACCAGAUGAUCUUAUAAUAAAGUUUAAAUAUAUAUA